AUGAGAAAUCCGUACCACCAUCUCUUCUACGCAAACGGGUUCGCCUAUCUCCCCGACAAGUGGGAGCCGUAUGCGGCGAUUUCGCAACCCAACGUGGCCAUCUUCCUACCGGUCGGCAGCAGCCUGCUACCAAACUCUGCAUUUGCAGGGACGCUACUUCCGGGGGAGUUUGGCGCAGGCCCUCGUGCUUCGGUGGACGCGUACUGGUUCAAUGCUCGUUCUGGGUAUUUUGGAUGUGCCUUGAACGGCAUCACGCCUUGCACGCUCCGGAUAUCGGGCUACCGGUAUGACAAGACACUGCAGGGCGAGGUAGUGGUAGCGGAACAGAACGUCACGAUCCCGCCGUGCUGGGGGUACAUCAACUGUCAACUCACACAAGUUGCUUUCAACGAUCAGUUUCAUGCGCUGUCUGGCAUCCAGUUUAGCGCUUGCACGUACAACUUGGGGAUACCACAGAUAUUUAUGAUGGACGACCUGAAUAUGGACUGGUACAACAACUCGUGCUCUGCCGGCAUCCUUCGCAUCGGGCACAGUUAG